CCCACAGCGGGCGGAGAGGAGCCGAGGGCGCGGCGCGGCGGGCCGGGAAGCGCCGCUCCCCGGCCGGCACAAAGGACUGACCGCCGCCGCCGGCCCGGAGCCCCGCUCCAGCCCAGCCCGGUGCAGCCAGGUCCGGCUCAGCCCGGUGCAGCCCGGCCCGGCUCUGCAGCCCGCUGCAGCCCGGUCCGGCUCUGCAGCCCGGUCCGGCUCUGCAGCCCGGUCCGGCUCAGCAGCCCGGUCCGGCUCAGCCCGGUGCAGCCCGGUGCAGCCCGGUCCAGCCCGGCCCUCCGGAUGCACCGAUGAGAGAGACGGCGUUCGCGGGGUCAGUCAUGGCUUACCACUCCUUCCACGCUCCCCGGCCCGCCGACUUCCCCAUGUCCGCCUUCCUGGCGGCCGCGCAGCCCUCCUUCUUCCCGGCGCUGGCGCUGCCGCCCGCCGCGCUGACCAAGCCGCUGCCGGACCCGGGCCUGGCCGGAGCGGCGGCGGCGGCGGCGGCGGCGGCGGCGGCGGCGGCCGAGGCCGGACUGCACGUCUCGGCGCUGGGCCACCAUCCGCAGGCCGCCCACCUGCGCUCCCUCAAGACCCUGGAGCCCGAGGACGAAGUGGACGAUGACCCCAAGGUGACCCUGGAGGCCAAGGAGCUGUGGGACCAGUUCCACAAACUGGGCACCGAGAUGGUCAUCACCAAGUCCGGGAGGCGGAUGUUCCCACCGUUUAAGGUGCGGGUCAGCGGCCUGGACAAAAAGGCCAAGUAUAUCCUGCUCAUGGACAUCGUGGCCGCCGACGACUGCCGCUACAAGUUCCACAACUCGCGCUGGAUGGUGGCGGGCAAGGCGGACCCCGAAAUGCCCAAACGCAUGUACAUCCACCCGGACAGCCCGGCCACCGGCGAGCAGUGGAUGGCCAAGCCCGUGGCCUUCCACAAGCUCAAACUCACCAACAACAUCUCGGACAAGCACGGCUUCACCAUCCUGAACUCCAUGCAUAAGUACCAGCCGCGUUUCCACAUCGUGCGGGCCAACGAUAUCUUGAAGCUGCCCUACAGCACCUUCCGCACCUACGUGUUCCCGGAGACCGACUUCAUCGCCGUCACCGCCUACCAGAACGACAAGAUCACGCAGCUGAAAAUUGAUAACAACCCCUUCGCCAAGGGCUUCAGGGACACCGGCAACGGCCGGCGGGAGAAGAGGAAGCAGCUGACCCUCCCGUCGCUGCGGAUGUACGAGGAGCAGCCGUGCAAGCCCGAGAGGGACGGGGCCGAGUCGGACGCUUCGUCCUGCGACCCUCCCCCGCCGGCCCGGGAGCCGCCCCCGUCCCCGGGGACCCAGCCCAGCCCCCUGCGGCUGCACCGCGGCCGAGAUGACAAGUCGUGCGUCGCCGACAGCGAACCGGAGCCGGAGCGGGCCGGGCCCGGGGAGGAGCGUGCGGGGGCCGCGGCGGGGCAGAGCCCGGGCCCGGAGCCCCCCAGCCCCAUGCGCCUGGCCGAGCCCCAGCGCGCCCGGGACCGGCGGAGCCCGGACCGGGCCAAGGAGCCGGGCGAAGGCGGAGGAGGGGGCGGCGGAGGCGGAGGCGGCGGAGGCGGGGAAGGCCCCUUCGGCCUGAGGGCCCCGGACAAGGACAAGGCCGAGGCCCGGAGGAAGGACGAGGUCGGGGGCCCGCGCAAGGAGGCCGCCGGCGAGGCCAAGGAGCCCGGCCUGGCGCCGCUGGUGGUGCAGACGGACAGCGCGGGGCCCCUCGGAGCCGGUCACCUGCAGGGCCUGGCCCUCUCCGGACACCUGCACGGCCAGCAGUUCUUCGGGCCCCUGGGCGCCGGGCAGCCGCUCUUCCUGCACCCGGGACAGUUCGCCAUGGGCCCCGGGGCCUUCUCGGCCAUGGGCAUGGGCCACCUGUUGGCGUCGGUGGCCGGCGGCGGCGGCGGGGCCGCGGGGGCCGCAGGGGCCGGGGGACUGGACGGCGGCGGCCUCGGCUCCUCGCCCGGGGCGGCCAGCGCCGCGCCCUUCCCUUUCCACCUCUCGCAGCACGUGCUGGCACCUCAGGGGAUCCCGAUGCCCACCUUCGGAGGGCUCUUCCCAUACCCAUACACCUACAUGGCAGCUGCCGCCGCCGCCGCCUCGGCCCUGCCAGCCACGAGUGCCGCCGCCGCCGCCGCCGCCGCCGCCGCCGCCACCGGCUCCCUGUCCCGCAGCCCCUUCCUAACCAGUGCCCGGCCCCGCCUGCGCUUCAGCCCCUACCAGAUUCCGGUCACCAUCCCACCCAGCACCAACCUCCUCACCACCAGCCUGGCCGCAGAGAGCGCCAAGCCGGGCGGUGGCAGCCGGGAGCCCAGCCCCCUCCCCGAGCUGCCCCUCCACAAGCUGGGCAUCCCCCACCGGGGCACCUUGUCCCCCAAAGUCUCGGCCAAAGAGGCCGCCAGCGAACUGCAGAACAUCCAGAGACUGGUGAGCGGGCUGGAGAGCCAGAGAGACCUGUCUCCAGGCCGGGAGUCGCCCAAGUGAGGGCGGCCAAGGCCGGAGAGGCCACCCUGGACCCCCGUCCUGUGGCUCCCGGAUUUGUACAGCACAGUGUCGGUAUUUAUUUAAGAGAGGAGCGAGGGCAGCUGGAGUCCGAGUCUCCCAGCCCCACCUGACCCACACGGGCACGGAGGAGACGGACCACCCUGGCAUUUCCGCUCGGGCGCUCUUGGAGUAGGCCUGAGACAGUCUGGAGUGAAUUGGGAGCCUUAUCUGGAGUCCACCUGGAGGGAACCCGGGAUCCAGCUGUAGACGAGCUAGAGUCCAUCUGGAAUCAGUCCAGAGGCCACCUGGGGCCACCUGCAGUGGAUCCGGAGUCUCCUCCCUGUCUGACUGGCGGCGGCGGCGUCAAAGUGGGCAUCACCACGGGCUGCCGGCCUGGCUGUGCCGCUGCCGUCUGGGGAAGGCAGGGUCAUCGCCUCCACGCCCUCUUGCCUGAGCCCCAGCCCAUUGGUGGUCCCCAGCUCCAGAGGAGGAAAGGGAGAUUUGGGGCUGCCUGUCGACCCCAGGCCACCCAGCAUCUCAGGUUGGCCCCAAGCUCUGGGCUGGGGGAAGGGUCAGGAAUCGGGGAGGGGCGGGGGUGGCAUCCUGCCCUGGUUUCAGCAGCGGAAAGGAGCCAAGGUAGAGUUUAGCCAGCACUUGGCCCACUCUGCCCUACUCCCUCCCAGCUCUUGGGAGAGGGAGCCAGAACCCCCACCCACCCAAUCCCCCAGCCUGGGGAGCAGCCAUGCCACCCCCUCCCCGAGCUUCCGAGGGAAAACAGAAAUAAGAUAUUUAUGGAAUAAAUAGUAAUUUGUGUAAAUAAGCUUUAAGGAUCCCAGAAUAUGCAAAUUGGUAUUAAUUUAUUCAGAGGUGUACAUUGGCGUGUACAUAAUAUUUAGAGUUUAACUCAUGGCAUUUAA